AUGGUUGAACAGCUCCCAACUUUCCCUUCUCUGAAAUCCAGUCUUAAUCGUCAGCGUAAGGACCUUAUACAACAUCUACCAACAUCUCUACUAAACAUUGACCUCCAGAAUGAGUGGACUGAAACUAAAGCUGCUGAAAGAUUCUUACUUAUCAAUAAUGGUACCUACGAUAAGAUAGUUGUAUUCGCCCCUGACAACAACAUACAACACCUAGCAAACAACAACAAUAAUACAAUCUACGCUGAUGGUACCUUCUACACAUGUCCACCAAUCUUUGAACAGCUGUAUACUUUACAUGCACUGAUUGAUGGAGAGAUGUUCCCACUGGUUUUUGCACUUUUACCUGGGAAGUCAGAGGACAUCUAUACCAGAUUUUUCUCACUACUGAAGACUGAUUGCGAUUGCACCCAAUGCCAGAUUCCGACAACUUUCUUCAUAUAUUACAAAUCUGCUGUACAGAAUUCUGUCAGAUCAUCUUUUCUGGGACUUGAUAUCAAAGGUCGUUUUGGCCAAUCAACAGGGCUCGUCACCAACUACAAAGGAUACCCAGCCAUUCACUAA